AUGAACUUCGGGAAUCCAACAAAUCGAUGUUUCACUCUAUUAAUAGAACCAAAAUUUGCUCCUUUCUAUUAUCGAUCAGAACAGCCGCAUGCUUUUUUUGAGUCAGGAGGUUGUGCCAAGGCUCGUUUGAGGAUCUUAUUUGAAGUGGUUGAAUUACAAGAUUUGAUUCAUUCCAAUGCAUAUUUUUCGCAAGAUCGUCCGCAAACUUCGAUAUCAAUCGCUCCCUCCCAUCCAUCUUCAUUAAUUCAGGGAAAAAAAUUCGACAGACGCUCUUAA